CCUCGCACUGUGACGCAAUCGCGGAAGGGGCGGGGCAGGGCGCGCUUCCGUUGGCCGCGCUCUCGGGAAGGCGAGUUCGCGGGUUCGAAUCCCGCCUGGCGGCGAGCGAAGCUGGGUUGGGCUACCCCAGAGGAAGAAUGGAGGAGCUGAGCCAGGCUCUGGCCUGCAACUUUGUCGUCUCGCAGGACCUGAACAGCCCCGCAGCUCCACACCCGCGCCUGGCCCAGUACAAGCCCAAGUACAGCUCCCUGGAGCAGGGCGAGAGACGCCGGCGGCUGCUGGAGUUUCAGAAGACUAAGCGGCUGGACUAUAUAAAUCAUGCCAGAAGGCUGGCGGAGGAUGAUUGGACCUACACAGAGGAGGAGGAGGAGGAGGAGGAGAAGAAGAGAGAGACGGAGAAGGAGGGAGAGACAGCCAAGGCUGAUGGAGAUCAUGAAGACAUGGAACUAGACAUGGUGAAGAAGUUACCCAGGCGAUAUGCCAACCAGCUGAUGCUCUCUGAGUGGCUGAUCGAUGUCCCCCCAGAUCUGGAUCUGGAGUGGCUCUUCGUGGUGUGUCCAAUAGGGAAGAGAGCGCUUGUCGUGGCCUCCAGGGGCAACACGGCAGCGUACACCAAAAGCGGUUUCUGCGUCAAUCGGUUCCCGUCUCUUUUGCCUGGUGGGAACCGGCUUAAUUCAGCAACAGGGAAAGAAUACACCAUCUUGGAUUGCAUCUACAACGAGGUCCAGCAGACGUACUACAUCCUUGACGUGAUGUGUUGGCGGGGACACCCUGUUUAUGACUGCCAGACAGAUUUCAGAUUCUACUGGCUACAUUCCAAAAUGGAAGAGGAGAUGGACUUGUCGGAGAAAAGCCGACUUAACCCAUAUAGGUUUGUGGGCCUCAAGAGCUACUCCUGCAAUUCAGCCAGCCUGUGUGAGGUUUUGGCGAUGACGUUCCCCUUCGAGGUAGACGGGAUCCUUUUCUAUCACAAGCAAGCGCACUACAACCCCGGCAGCACGCCGUUAGUGGGUUGGCUGCGCCCUUACAUGGUCUCCGACAUCUUGGGCAUCGUGGUGCCCAGCUGCCCGCUCACCUCCAAGCCCGGCUACGCGGGGCAGCAGCUGCAGCAAAUCAUUGAGCACAAGAGGAAUAAAAACCAGCAGCCGGGCGCGGCUGACGAUCCCCCCUCGCAAGACGGGCGUUACGAACUGGAGCAUUUGUCCACUCCUCCAGUGGAAGCAUCUCAGCCCCUCUCACCCAGCGGGGAGUGCCAGAUGGACAACUGAUCGGAGAUCAGAAAGUGGUCGAGAAGAUUCUCUGUCAACCCAGAUAGGAACCCCCAUAAUAUAUAUAUGGUAUAUAUAUAUACCAUAU